GGUUCAAGUUUCUUGAUUUUCCAAACUCUAGAGGAUCAUUACUCCUCCCUUCCACCAUUGCCAAAUAUCUCUCUCUCCUAUGCAGUGUAUAUAUAGACCCAAAAACUCACCAGCUCUAGCUGUGUCAGCUAAUCUCUGCUGAACCCUAAUGAAUUAAUCAACUCAAAACAAAUUCCCUUCAAUUCCACCCUACUCCUAUUAUGACAGAACCUUACUAUAAUUUCUUGUACAACUGUAGUUCCCCUCUCCACUCAGAUCACUAUUCCCCCUCCACUUCUUCUUCAAACCCUCAUAGCACUAAUCUUCCAUCUUCAUCUUCAUCACCAGAAGCCCUCCCUCUCCUCAACACCCUCAACUCCUCACAAGAAUCAUGUAAUAUCACCCCCAUCAAGCCCGAGAAACAUUUCAAUUGCGACCAAAAUGUGACGGUAGCACUACAGAUAGGGCUCCCUAGCCCUAAUUCUGACCCGGGCUCUGGGGAUUCUCUGCUCGGAGAAUCCCCGGAGAAAGACAUACUCUCCGGGCUGCCCUUGAAUGGGCUCAACAUGGGGCAGUACUGGAUUCCCACCCCUUCCCAAAUCCUCACCGGUCCUACGCAGUUUUCAUGUCACCUUUGUUGCAAGACUUUUAACAGAUACAACAAUCUCCAGAUGCACAUGUGGGGCCACGGAUCUCAGUACAGAAAGGGUCCGGAGUCCCUACGAGGCACGCAGCCGACAGCAAUGCUGCGGCUGCCGUGCUACUGCUGCACGGUGGGGUGCAAGCACAACGUGGAGCACCCCCGCGCGCGGCCCCUGAAGGACUUCCGGACCCUCCAAACGCACUACAAGCGGAAGCACGGGGCGAAGCCCUUCAUGUGCCGGAAGUGCGCCAAGGCCUUCGCCGUGAAGGGCGACUGGCGCACGCACGAGAAGAACUGCGGCAAGAUGUGGUACUGCUUCUGCGGCUCCGACUUCAAGCACAAGAGGUCGCUCAAGGAUCACGUCAAGGCCUUCGGCCCCGGCCAUGGCAUUGCCGACGGCGAGGAGGAUGACUCCACCUCCGAGAUUGAGCAAGCUGGGGAUGAUCAAUCUCCUCACAACACCCACUUUUAGUCUUUUACUAUUAAUUUUAGUUAUUGUAUGUUUAAAGGUUUUUUUUCGUUUGUUUAAAUAUGGAAUGUGUUGUGUUUGGGAGGUGAUAACAAGCUUGCACUAUAUAUACAGUUAGUUGCUGCAAGAUUUUUCAUUCUUUAUCUUUUAGUAAUACUGUUAAUCAGGCUCUUCCUCC